AGAGAGAGAGAGAGAGAGAGAGAAAGAGAGAGAGAGAGAGAGAAAGAGAAAGAGAGAGAGAGAGAUGUGGCUAAAAGAGUAGGGUUAGAAAGAUGAGUAGAUGAGUUUGGUUACAGUUUUUGUGCUUUGGUGGUCGCAGAUGACCAAAGGUAUUAAUCCCAACUCUGACCAAAACCUGCCACCCUUUGCAGAAGCAUCAACAGCCCUCUCAUAGGCCAAAGUGUGGGUUUUGUAUUUAUUGGUGUUAUUGGGGUGUGGACUCCGGAGAUUGAAGGGGCAGGAUUUUUGUUUUUUUUGGGAUCAGCAGCAUCGCCAGCAGUAGUAUCAGGUUUCAGAGGCGGUGGCAGUAGCAGAUAAAGAAGAACAAGCAACAGCCAGAAAAAGGAAGCAAAUCAAAAAAGUUGUUGGAAGAGCAAACUGAGAAGGCUAGGAAUCUGGAUUACCAGAGGAAUCAUCAGAAUAUCGACCAAACACAAGAACAAAACCUAGGCACAUACAUCCACUACCAACAUGGCCAACUCCUCCAAAACGAAGCCAUAAAUUCCUACCAAACAGAAGCACCCGACAAGCAAAUUUUUGGCCAAAUCAUAGACUAUGCAGAGCACAGGAAAGGAAUGGGCAUGAAGAGCGCUGGAGGAGAGAUAGUCCAAGUCCAAGGAGGCCACAUUGUCCGAUCCACCGGCCGGAAAGACCGGCACAGCAAAGUCUACACAGCAAAAGGUCCCCGGGACCGCCGGGUGCGGCUCUCAGCCCACACCGCCAUUCAAUUCUACGAUGUUCAAGACCGGUUAGGCUACGACAGGCCCAGCAAAGCUGUGGACUGGCUCAUCAAGAGGGCAAAGUCCGCCAUUGACAAGCUAGCUGAGCUGCCGCCAUGGCAUCCAACUGGUACUUGUAGCGCUACAGCAGCAGAACAAGCAGACCCAAAUGCAGGCUCAGCAGACAUGACAAUAGCAGAGCAAUCAGAGUCUUCCGGCUACAACUUUCAGCUCCACAGGCAAUUAGCUGAGAACCCAGAUGAGAAUUCAAACUUCAUUCCACCAGCUCUAGACUCCGAAUCCAUGACAGAUACCAUGAAAUGUUUGUUCCCCACAACCUCUGCAAACUCCUCUCUCAAUUUCCAGAGCUACCCACCUGAUAUAAUUUCAAGAACCUCCAACCACACCCAAGAUCUCGGCCUAUCUCUCCACUCUUUCCACGACCAUUCAGCUCCGAACGACCAGAACCUUUUUGCAGGCUCCGCUCCCGUGGGAUUCGACGCCAAUUACCAGAGGAUGGUAGCUUGGAACAGCGACACAAACGCAGAAAACAGAGGUGGUUUUGUCUUCAACUCUCCGGCAUUGGCACAACAAGCAUUGCUAGGCCAAGGCUCACCAUUUUCACAGAGGGGACCCCUUCAGUCCAGUUUUGCACACUCCGUUCGGGCUUGGGAUGAUCUUACUAUUGCUUCAUCGCACUAUCAGAAAACACAGCCAAUUCACCAGUCUUCCAUGUUCGGAAGCAGGUUUGCCACCGACGGAUUGCCGGCGUUUUGCAUUCCGGCGACAAUUCAGGGUGAGGAGGAGCAUAGUGCCAGUAGGCCAUCCUCCACUUCUCCCAAUUCCCACCAUUGAUUGAACAAGAGCUGGACUAGUUUCCUUGCCAUUAGGAUUUUGAAGAUUCUACUGUUGGAUAAUCGAAUGCAAGGAAGAGAAUCCAGUCAAUUCAAUGGUCUACCGUGGGAAGAAAUUAUCUGGUUGGAUUCAACAGUUUGGUUUUUUCUAUGAUUAAUUUUAUUUUGGAUGCUCUAUUGCUUACUAAAAAGUGUUCUGUUCAAGCUCAACUUUGUUUAAUACGUGCUUAAAUUGUUUAAUUAAGUAAUAUUAUCUUUGUUUUUGUUAAA